AUGCACCCCUUUUCCAUCCUCACCCUCGGAAUCUUUGUAGCGGGCUACAUCACCGCGAGGUGGGAUCUUGUCACCCGGCUCUACGAAUUAGCGAUUUUUGCAUGGGAUCACGGUGUGGUGGUAUGGCUUCCAGUGGCCCUCUUUUGCUGAACGCGCACAACUUGAACCUCGGGUGGACCUGGCGUUUGUUAUCACAACCGCGAACGAAUCCUGUUGGCUGACUUUCUCUCUUUUUCUGUUGUGCUGUACCCAGACACGCACGGCUAAAGGAUUUCUUCUCUUGUCGGUCUUUUUCUUCUUGCUCGUCCUCCCCAUCAAUCAUCUGGCGGCGACUGAGGGUGAAUUGGUAUGCUAUACAUCCCGCACUUCACAAGCGUCGAAUGUCAUCAAUGCUUGCGAUGUUCGCUUUUUGUGGACGUCUGGAUCAAUACAGAGAGAGAGCGAGAGGAGAUGCUGAUCAUCGAGAUAUGUUGGUAUAUAGCACCCGCGCUACG